GCCAAACCUGCCCCUGCAAUAUCUUCAGUCUCACGAACCACAACCUCCAUUCCAACAACAACACCAACAUAACCAGCACGAUGCGCUUCUUCGACCUGUUCAAGUGCUGCAAGCCCGCCGCCACUGAAAACCACUUUGACGACCUUCCACCUUCACGCGUCGUCCUUGUCAACCAGACCAUUCUUGAGAAGAGCAACUCUGUCGUCCCUAUCUACGCCAUUCCUGUCCCCAAGUUCGACGUGUCAAUUUCCUCCAGUACAUCACUGACUAUGUUCGAGGAUGCCAGAACUACCCGCGUUCGCUCGCGCCUGAGCUCGUCUUCCGACUCGUCUACUCUGUCCAACUUCUGUUCUGUCUCCAUGGGCACACGCAGGACUUCCAACUCAUCUAUCAACGACGGCACUAAGAACAAGGUCGCCCAUGUAUUGGCUAUCAAGGGCUUCUCCCUCAACGAUGGAGUCGAUCACACAUUGGCUACCGAGGGCUUCUCCCUCCACGCCGACGACGAAGAAAACGACCACACUGCCUCGAGUCUCUCCAGCACUUCCACCUCGCCCACUCAGGUCGAGCGAGUCAACCCUGCUACUGCCUGUGUCUCACCCUUUGGUGACGAGCACAAGGAAGAGUUCGAGCCCCUGUCUGAGACUUUCGUCGAGUACGCCCCUACCACUCCCUCUUGGAAUAACGAGUAUACCGAGCGUGCUAUGGAGUACCAGCGUUGUCUCUGCUCUUUGGACCCGACAGCAUCGAGUACAACAACGUCCAGCGUGACCACGCCCUCGCCGUUCUCGAAGGUCCCAAGCCCCAGCGCAACGAUCCUCUCGACGAAUGUGUCAUGAAGUACUUCCAAGGCCGCAUGCCCGAGGUUCAGGAGUUCUUGUGAAUGUCUGAUGGUACAAUCAACCUCGAUCGACCUCCCACCAUCAGCAGCUUAUGGUGGCAUGCCUUCCGUCACGAGAGCAUAACACACUGACACCCUACGACGCUGAACAGAUUCUGUUGAGACGCUGGAGGUCGGUCACAUCGAGUAACGGCACUGUGUCAUGAAAGGAAGGAAGGGAGGUCGGAAAGGAGAAGAGACAAAAGUUGUAUGCUAUGAACGUCAAGGCGUCGAGUAGGUCUGGGUUGUUCAUGUCAGCCGUCAUGGAGAUGGAUAGCCUUGUACGACCUUUCUUCAGACAAAGAGUAUCAAG